AUGGCCAUCGUGGAGAACCACCACCACCGGCACAAGUCCCACUCCGACGUGAAGCUCUUCGCUCUCUGCCCGUUUUGGCAGUCCGGGGGCCAAACGUCGUCGUCUUCCUCUUCCACGCAGAACCUCCAGGGCCACGUCGACGGAUCCAAGUCGAAGCCCAAAACGGUGUCGUCCGUCGCCAGAUCGCUUCUCCCUCCCCGCCGUCGGCUCCGGCUCGACCCCGCCAACAAACUCUACUUCCCUUAUGAACCUGGGAAACAGGUGAAGAGCGCAAUCCGGUUAAAGAACACUAGCAGGUCUCAUGUAGCUUUCAAGUUUCAAACUACUGCGCCAAAAAGCUGUUUUAUGCGUCCUCCGGGAGGUAUACUUGCUCCGGGAGAAAGCAUAAUUGCGACUGUGUUUAGGUUUGUCGAACAACCCGAGAACAAUGAGAAACAUUUGGAUCAGAAAACCAAGGUUAAGUUCAAGAUUGUGAGUCUGAAGGUGACAGCAGGAACAGACUAUGUGCCUGAGCUGUUUGAUGAACAAAAGGAUCAAGUGACUGUUGAGCGAAUUUUGCGGGUUGUAUUUUUGGAUGCAGAGCACCCUAGUCCUGCUCUGGAAAAACUGAAGAGACAGUUGGCUGAAGCUGAGGCUGCACUUGAAGUGCGUAAAAAACCUCCUGUGGACUCGGGCCCUCGUGAUGUUGGGGAAGGCCUUGUAAUAGAUGAAUGGAAGGAGCGGAGGGAGAAAUACUUGGCUCGGCAGCAAGUUGGAGCGGUAGAUUCAGUAUAA